UCAGGUGCAUAUUACAAGUUCCGCACAGAGAUCUUAGCCAGAGUAUAAUGAUGGAGAGAAGAGGUUUGGCUUUGAAGGCCAUGUUGAAGAAGCAUCGUCUGAAGAAGGAGAAAAUGGACCCUCGGCGUUGGAUGAGACAGGAGACGGUGAGGGGGUUCAUGGACUUCACACACAACAAGAACUCUGACAACGAGGGAGACAACAGCUUUGACAACAAAGAGAUGCUGCUUGAGACAGAGAAGCAGUUUAUCGAAGCAGCUCAGAGGAAUGAUCUGGAGGCCAUGAAGGUUCUUGGAAAGGGGGUGAACGCCAAUGCAAAAAAUGUGCACGAUAGGACUGCCCUUCACUACGCAGUAGCUGCUCAACAAAAGGAAGCAGUGCAGCUUCUUCUACAGCGCAGGGCAAAGGUGGAGCAAAAAGACAAGUAUGGUGUGACGCCCCUCCAUUUGGCUGCCUGGUUUGGCAAUUUGGAAAUUAUGAAAUUAUUGGUACAGAGAGGAGCUGAACAGAAGGUUGAGAACGAGGAAGGACUGAACAUCAUGCACUGUGCCGCUAUCAACAACCACACUGAAAUCUUCGAGUACAUAGUUAAUGACCUGCAGAUGAGAGAGCUUGACAAGGAUGACCGGUCUGGACACCGACCCUUUGCCCUGGCUGCAGAGAACGGCUGUGUUGAACUGUUAGAGGUGAUGAUUAACGACUAUGUUACCAUGGCAACUAUGAGGCCCAAUAAGAGCGGUGACACUCCCCUGCACUUAGCUGCCAGGAACGGCCACUUGGACGCUGUCCAGCUGCUGCUGCAGAACUUUCAUACUCGGGAUGAAGUCAACAUGGAUGGUGAGACGGCUCUGUACCAGGCUGCAGCUAACGCUCAGGAGGAAUGUGUUCUGAUCCUGUUGGAGGAUGGCUGUGACCCAAACAUCAUCACAAUGACCAACUGCAGUGCUCUCCAUCCAGUUUCAGAGAAAGGAGAAACAUCUUUGGUACAACUCCUCUUGGAAUACCAAGCUCAGACUGACUUUCAGAAUCAGCACCUCGAGACUCCUCUGCACCUGGCUGUGAAGAACAGCCACAUUCCUGUGAUCCAGUCUCUGCUGGAGGCCGACUGCAACAUUAAUGCUACCAAUGAUAGGUCCCAGACUGUUAUGCAUCUUGCUGCUGAGCUGGCCAGAGUUGAUGUGGUAGAAAUGCUCCUUAAAUCUGGAAUCGAUCUGUCGAUCCAGGAUCGGCAGGGUAAGACAGCACUGGGUGUGGCAGCCCGAGCAGAUGAGGUGAUCAUCGUGGACAUGAUCAUCAAAGCAGAAAGAUACUACACAUGGAAGAAGAUGAACCCUGAGCUGAAUGACAGCCUUCACAGCGAGUCUCCACUAAUGUUUAAAUUCGACCACCGCUAUGAGACCAAGCAGUUCCGUGCAAUGGCCUGGCGUCUGGCAUAUCAGCUCUUAAAACCAGGAAACUGGAGGAAACUAGCAGAACACUGGGACUUCACUAAGGACCAAAUAGCAGCUAUCGAGGAACAAUGGACAGGUCAUCACAGCUAUCGUGAGCAUGGGAACAGGAUGCUGCUGAUCUGGCUCCAUGGUGAGGAGCUGGCUCAGAGGAACCCAGCCAAAGAACUGUUCCAUAGCCUCGUCGUCACAAACAAUAGAAAGGCUGCAGAUCUGAUGCGGAUGGAGGCGGAGACUGGAGGCAGCAAGAGCUGCAGCAUUUCAUGAGGAUGGAAUAAAGAAUAUGGACUGGGAAUAAAACGUUUUACAUCAUUAGACCAUCAAAGAUGAGAAAAAUAUUUAUUUUACAAAGUACAAC